AUGGCAAUUACAUAUGACGAGAAAUCAACUGUGUCGCGGUUGUCCGAUACUGAACGAGAUCCAGAUCUUAAAGGCUCACUUCUUGCGGCCGGCUUUGAGGAUCCGGAUGAAGGGCUGAGCGAUGAAGAAAGGGCUGAGAUUGAUCGGAAGCUAUUGUGGAAACUCGAUAUCCGCCUAGUGCCAUGGCUCAGUCUGCUUUAUCUGGUUUCGUUUCUUGACCGGACGAACAUCGGCAAUGCGAAAAUUGUUGGACUUCAGACAGAUCUGGGCAUGACAAAUGCUCAAUAUAAUGCGACACUGACAAUAUUCUUCGUUUCGUACUCGGUUUUUGAGCCCGUGACGAAUGUCCUACUGAAACGUCUGCGCCCAAGCAUCUUUAUUCCACUCAUCAUGAUGGCGUGGGGCAUCUGUAUGACCUGCAUGGGAUUGGUACAUAAUUACGCCGGGUUAAUGGCAGUGCGAUGGUUCCUCGGUCUCUCAGAAGCAGGCUUAUUUCCAGGAGUCGGUUAUUUCCUCUCUUGUUGGUACAAACGGUCCGAAUUUGGCGUACGAAUGGCAAUUUUCUUCUCUGCUGCUGCCUUGGCAGGCUCUUUUGGUGGGCUUCUAGCAGCAGCGAUCGCGAAGAUGGAUGGCGUGGCCGGAAAGGCUGGAUGGGCGUGGAUUUUUAUUCUGGAGGGACUGGUGACAUUCCUGAUUGGAAUUGCAUCGUUCUGGUGUGUCUAUGAUUUCCCCGACCAAGCAAGCUUCCUCUCCGAAGUUGAUCGCAAGCGUGUCUUACGACGUCUUGCAUUGGACCAGCAGUCCAGUGCGGAACAUGAAGAGUUUAAGAUGGAUUAUUUUUGGGCCAGUGUUAAGGAUUGGAAAACCUAUACUGGUGCAGUUAUAUACAUGGGGGCCGAUGGAGCGCUUUAUGCCUUUUCGCUAUUCGUGCCUACGAUCAUCAAUGAAUUGGGUCUAAUAUGCUUGUUUACUGACUUUGCUACUCUACAAGGCUACAGCUCCAUUCGUGCCCAAUUGCUCAGCGUCCCCCCGUACGCUGCAGCCGCAAUUUUGACUGUGACUAUUGGCUUCAUUGCAGACCGUACACGGCAGCGUGGUCUCUGCAACAUUGGUGUGUCAUUUCUGGGAAUGAUCGGGUUCUCCAUGUUACUUGGUUGCAAAUCUGCCGGAGGACGCUACGCAGGAGUGUUCCUUGGAGCCAUGGGUAUCUACCCGGCCAUUGCAAACACGAUCUCUUGGACCAGCAACAACACUGAAGGUGUAUACAAACGAGGAGUCUCCUUGGGAUUCAUCAUCGGUUGGGGAAACCUGAAUGGAAUUGUCUCGUCCAACAUUUACCGUGAUAACGACAAGCCGCGAUACUACCCUGGCCACGGAGUAGUUCUCGGCUACCUGGUCGUGUUUUUAUUUGGUGGAUCUGUGGUGCAGUAUUUCCUACUGCGGCGCGAGAACGCAAAGCGUCAGCGGGGCGAGCGUGACCAAUGGAUUGAAGGCAUGGAUCAGAGCCAAAUCGAGUUGCUGGGUGAUAAGAGACCGGAUUUCAUUUACACACUGUGA